CCAUAAACAGAAACUGGGAUGAGUUCCCUACUGGAGAUGAUCUAAGAGCAGUAUACUCCUCUUAUUGAUCAACGAUUUUGACAAUAUCGGGUAAGUCAGUCAUAUAUUUAAUGCUACCUAGAUAGGUUUCCAAGUGUGGUAACUAUCUCUUCAAAAUAGCAGUAUUUUUUUUUGGCAAACUAUGAAUUCUGCCUGUUUUUUGUUAUGUUCUUAAGGACCUAAACUUAUGAAAUCUCGUUUCUGUCGUAUACCAAUUGGAUUGUCGAGCCAUUUUUUUAUUAACAUAAUGUCAUGAUGAUACUGAGCUCUUGUUGCGGCCGUUGCUAUUAAAUCCGCAUCUUUAUUUUUUGUGCCAACAAUUAAAGAUUGUUUUCCUUUACUUGCCGCAUCAAGAACCAAAUCAAAAUCUUCUGAUAAAAAGCCAGCAGUUUUUGUAAGAUUUAGAAUAUGAAUACGAAUACACUUAAGUUUUGUGGAUAUAUAAGGUGCCACAAAAAAUAUCUUUUUCCCAGUUUCAUAUCCUAAACGAUUUUUCAAAAAACUAAUAAGAGUUUUAGCAAAAGGUUUCGAUUGGUUGAAAGGUCUGGAAGAGAAAGUUGUCUUGGGAAAUGAUACCCGUUGGUACCGGAUUCAAAAUGGAAACACACUCCAAAUCUGCCCCGAACGCCGCCACCACCACCACCAAUGACGGUGAAAAAGCGACGGCCGCUCCGGUGAUGACUCCUGAAUUUAGGCUUGCAAAUCACUUACUACUCUCGAAAGAAAGCAGCGGUUACAAGAACGUUGCCUUUUCUCCUUUGUGCAUCAAACUCCUUCUUGGCAUUGUUGCCGCCGGGUCCAACGGCCCGGUUUGUGACGAACUCCUCUCGUUCCUCCGAUCAGAAUCCAUCAACGAUCUCAACUCCGUCGCAACACAGCUCUUGUCCUCCGUGCUUGUGGACCGUUCUUCGAGCGGCGGACCUCACCUCUCUUUCGCAAAUGGUGUUUGGGUUGACAAAACCCUAACUCUAAAGCCUUCCUUCUCACAAGUAUUGGAGAAUACUUACAAGCCCACUUUGGCUUCACUUGAUUUCACAAACAAGGGUGAAGUAGCGAAGGAGAUUAACUCAUGGGCUGAAAGGGAGUCGAAAGGCGUUGUUAACAACAUCAUUGAUCCUUAUUCAAUCGAAUUGAAGGACGUGAUCAUGGCUAACACACUCUACUUCAAAGGAUUAUGGAGAGACAGUGGCACCUUCAGAGAAAAACAUACACGGGAUGGUGACUUUCAUCUCUUGGAUGGUGGUGGCUCAGUGAAGGUUCCCUUCAUGGAUGGAAGUCACCAACAUUACGCCAAUGCUCAUCAUUAUCAAGAUUUCAAGGUCCUCAGUCUUAAUUACAAGGAAGCCAGCGAAAAUGUCCCCAAAAGGAUGUACACCAUGCACAUUUUUCUUCCUGAUGAAAUCAACGGCUUGCCGGCUUUGGUCCAAAAGGUAUGUACUGAAUCUGAAUCUCUUGAAAACAUGCUCCCGAACGGUUAUAAAAGAUUAGGUGUGUUAAAGAUCCCAAGAUUUAGGCUAUCUUUUAUGGUUGAGGCUUCUCCAAUGUUAAAGAAGAUGGGUUUGGUGUUACCAUUCAUGGAAGGAGCUUUGACUGAAAUGGUGGAGGAGAGAGCUGCGUAUAUUUCCAACAUUAUCCAGAAAUGCAUCAUUGAAGUGAACGAAGAAGGGACCAAAGCUGUUGCAGCUGGAAGGUUGCAAAUACCUACCACUGCAGGAAGAGGAAGAACAAGGAGGGAGAAGCCUCCUCCUCCUUUUGACUUUAUUGCAGACCAUCCAUUCUUGUUUCUGAUCAGAGAACAAUUUACUGGAACUGUUCUUUUUGUUGGUCAAGUGCUCAAUCCUCUUUACGGUUAAUGCCAUGGUUAUCAAUAUACCAAAAACCUCAAGUUACUAGGUUACUGGUGAGUUAUUGGUCCAACUUUAUGAUAUGAAGACGAUUCGAUGUGAAUGCUAAUUGAUCUAAUUGAUCCUCAUUAUACUCUAACAAUAUUAAAGCCGAGUUGUAUCUUGUAACUUCUAAGCACAGUCUUAUACUCGUAUAUGGAAGUAGUUUUGUGGUUUA